CCCCCUCCACACUCCGCACGCACACACACACACCGGACGUUGCGGUUCAACAUGUCGUUCACCAGCGCGAAACAGACCAUUCCAAGCCCGGUUAUCCCGUUUGCCGGGACUAUCCUGGGAGGUCUGCUACCGGGAGAGAUGGUAAUCGUUCAAGGCUCAGUCCCCAGCGAUGCUGAUAGGUUCCAGAUUGACCUGACAUGUGGCAGUAGUGUGAAGCCCAGAGCAGACGUGGCUUUUCACUUCAACCCACGCUUUCAGCGCUCACCGUACAUCGUCUGUAACACCCUGGAGAAGGAGCGCUGGGGGAAGGAGGAGAUCCACCGCGAGAUGCCGUUUACCCCCGGGGCCUCCUUCGAAGUCAUUGUCAUGGUUCAGAAAGACAUGUUCAAGGUGGCCGUGAAUGGAGCUCACCUGCUGCAGUAUAAACACAGAUUGGACCUGUACCGAGUGGACACCCUGGCCAUAUCUGGAAAGGUCAAAGUUCAAGCCAUCGCCUUUAUCCCCAACCCUGCUGCAGCGCCCUCUCCACCCAGCAUCCCCAAGAGAGACGCACAGCCGAGCGCGAUCCUGUCAUCGUACGGUGACCUGACUCUUCCAUUUCGAGGUCAGCUGACCAAGGGGCUGCGUGCUGGACAAACCAUCACCAUCAAAGGGAAGACCAGUUUGUUCCCACACAGUUUCUGUGUGAACCUGAGAGUGGCUCAAAGCAGCGACAUCGCGCUGCACCUGAACCCCCGCCUGAAGGCAGCGGUCUUCGUGAGGAACUCCUUCCUGUCGGAGGGCUGGGGUCCGGAGGAGACCGGCCUGCCCUCUGCGUUCCCCUUCUGCCCCGGCCAGUACUUCGAGAUGAUCGUCCUGUGUGAGGCGCGCCAGUAUAAAGUAGCUGUGAACGGUCUGCACCAGUUUGUGUAUAAGCACCGUGUUCAGGAUCUGAAGCAAGUCAGCGAGCUGGAGGUCCUCGGGGACGUGCAGCUGCUCGACGUCAAGCAGUGGUGACCUCUGACCUUCUACAGCACCCCCCCCACCGACACACACACACAUUCCUCAGGCAGAGCGAUGUUGCAGAACUGGAAUGGACAGAAGACAUGAAGAAGAGGACGGUGUCAUUGAAACAAGUCAGCUCCCAGAGUUAACCCCAGUGUGACCCCUGCGUGACCCCUGUAUGACCCCUGUCUAACUGUCGCACAUGUCUCAGACGGACAGGUGUGUGUGUGUGUGUGUGAUGUUUUGUCACACUUCUAAUCUUCCUGUUGUGAAUGUUGAACUAAAAGGUGAGUGGAGGUUUGGUUUUAUUUUGAGUUCAUGUUUUAAAAUGGUUCUAGAACAGAAUUAUACUUCCAUGUCAGUGUGUUGCAUCAGACUGCAUGUUUACCAAACUGACGACAGGAUUUAUGUUGUUGAAUAAGUUUUUCUUUAAAUCUGGGAUACUGACAAACAACACUUCACCAUGUUCAUUAUUCACAGAAAGCCAUAGAGGGAUAUAGAAGUAAACACGGGGAGGCUCCUGACUUUGGCCUUGAGAGUAUUUUAUUGUGAAUUACAGUAAAAUCACUCAUUCAUUCUCCCCUCGGUCCAGACCUCCAUUACUGUCUGAGCCAGACAUCAAACCCAGUCCCCCAUCAAACCCAGUCCCUCCAAACUGAGUCCCCCCAAACCCAGUCCCUCCAAGCCCAGCCCCCCCCCCAUCAAACCCAGUCUCCCCAAACCCAGUCCCUCUAAACCCAGUCUCCCCAUCAAACCCAGUCCCCCCCAAACCCUACUACUACUGCUACUACUUCCUGUCCUCUGCAUCUUCCUCUGUCACACCAGCCACCUGCAUGUCCUCCCUCACCACAUCCAUAAACCUCCUCUUUGGCCUUCCUCUUCUCCUCUUCCCUGGCAGCUCCAUAUUCAGCAUCCUUCCCCCAAUAUACCCAGCAUCUCUCCUCCACACAUGUCCAAACCAUCUCCAUCUUGUCUCUCUUGCUUUGUCUCCAAACCGUCCAACCUGAGCUGUCCCUCUAAUAUACUCGUUCCUAAUC